UCCUCCUCCUCUCGCCUCCCUCCUCAGAUUUCCUCCCCCAAAUUCUUCCCCUUCCCGGGUCUUUUUCUUCUUCUCUUCCUGGCGCCACGACGGCAGGCAAGCCAGUGAAGUCUCUACCGCUACUGCACUGGACUCUCGUGGAUCGAUUCCUCUUCUGCUGCUGCUGGUUCUGCUAAUUCGUCCCCCCGCGCGCCGCCGCGCGAGAUCGAUUCCCGCAGGGCUCGGUGCCAGCCCAGGUGGGGAACGAACGCGGCUUAUUUAGUAUUCCAAGAAUUUUGGUCUUUGGGUGCUAGCAAUUGAAGGGGAAGAUGAAGCGCAAGCGCGGGCGUAAGACGGGCGGCAAGAAGAGUUCGUCCAAGACCACCCCCGCAGCAGCAGCAGCGGCGACGACAAGCGCUUCUUCGCCUGCGUCCCCGUCCAGCCCAAGCACAGAGGAGAACGUCCCAGCAGAGAAUGUGCCGGUCUCUGUUGCCAUCUCCACCCCGGCAGCAGCGCCUGAGCCGCCCCCUCCUGAGCCGGAGAAGAAGGCAACCACGGCCGCACCACCAGCACCGGCGGUGGCAGACAUACCGUUCGCCAAGCCGAAGGUGGGGGCAGUGUAUGGUCGUGUGAAGCUCAAGUUUAAAUCCUCCAAGGCUUUAGAGCCGAACCGUACUUCAUCAGAACCAAAGGCGCCCGCCGAUGCUGCUAAAUCUCAGAGCGCUGCCCCUGAAGUGAGCAGGCAAGUUGCUGCUGAUAAGGGUACUGCUGCGCCAUCAGAUGGGCAGACGACUGAUGGGCAGGCGUCGGAGUUGAGUGGUUCUGAUAAGGACAAGGUGGCGAGAAAAGUAGGAAGCAUCAAGAUCGUAUCUGCGGGGUUAUCUUCUCCAGUAGUACAAGAUAAUGCCCAGGACAUGAAGGCUGAUGAUGUAGACGAGCCUCUUCCAAGUAAGCAAGAGACUGCUGUAGGGAAUGAAGACAGCGAGAAUGCAUCCGAGUCGAGGGACUCGCAAGAGUUGGACGUAAAGCAGUCUACUGUAGAACAUCAGCGUGACGAGAAAGAGUUAGCUGCUGCACUUGAGGCUAUUAAGAAGGUUAUGAAGAUCGAAGCAGCUGAGCCGUUCAACACCCCAGUGGAUCCUGUUGCUCUGGGAAUACCUGAUUAUCUUGAUGUUAUCGACACUCCGAUGGAUUUUGGCACAAUAUGUCAUGAUUUAGAACAUGGUAACAAGUAUAUUAAUUCAGAGGAUGUCUAUAAGGACGUGCAAUUUAUAUGGGAUAAUUGUACCAAAUACAACAGUAAAGGUGAUUACAUAAUAGAGCUAAUGAAACGGGUGAAGAAAGCCUUCAUGAAAAAUUGGCUGGCAGCAGGCUUGUAUUCUGAUGUGCAGGAGAAUGGUGGUAAUGACAACACUGGCGAUGAGGAUACCAAAGGUAGUUCAAAAAGCAAGUCUAAGCAAAAACGGCGACGCCCAGGGAAUGAUCGACACAAAAAUGACUGUGCAUGUGCUGUUUGUCAAGUUACACGACGUAAGAAGGAAAGAGAUGAGAUUCUGUCUAUUGAUAAUGAAACCACUGUAAUGAAUAAUAACAUCUCUGAGGAGCACAACAUGGAGGUAAAUUUAGAUGUUAAUUAUCCUGGUAGUCAAGGCGUAACCUCUAGUCAGGAGCAAGCACGACAUACUGAUGAGUAUAAAGCAACAGUGGAAGCAAACGAUGCACCGAUUCAGAUGGAAAGUCCUGGAAAAUUCCUCAAUAAUCCAUCUCCUGACUAUGAAGACGAGGGCUCCAGACAAUACUCAGAGGAAAAAGAAGAGGAGUACAAGGACAUGAAUAGUCAGGACGAGCAUACUUCCACUCAGCCUAAUGAUGACUCAGAAGUUGGGCAUCACCAACAGAAGGCACAUGCAGAAACCAGCCAGGAGGUUGAAAUGGAAGAUUUUCCUAUUCAAAAGGAGAACCAGUCAUUCUUGCAGCUCUGCGCGCGCCUUUUCCCCAGCAAGCAGAGCUCUGCUUUCAGGGGGCGCCAUUCUUUGGUCCGUCAACAGCGCCGAGCUCUGUUAAAGGAAGGCCCCCUACACGCCGCAAUGACAGCGAUGAUGAAACGGUAGGAUUCCAGUGGAGAUUUCUUGGCAAGGAAGCUCCAGGCAGCUUAUGACUUUGGGAAAGCUCUUCCCUCAAGACAUGGAAGCUGGUAGCUGAUUAGUCGGAACAUUUCUCCAAUCUCAGGCUGCUUCGGUAUGAUAUGAUGUAGGUACGGGAUUAGUUGGAGAAUACCUGUCCAUUGUGUUGGAGAAGAAUUCUCCUGGUCUACACUUCAUUUUUGUAUCUAAGCUAAUUGUGACAGUCACAUGUUGUCUCAUUGCUUGCCGCCCUGGCAUAAGGUUGUCCUGAAGCCUAUAAUUCUCAAAGGAUUUAAUUAGUAUUUUCUGCUGA